UCGGAUAGUUAUCGUAAGGGAUUGUUGUGUAGGUGUAGGAGCAUCGGAGAGAAUAACAAAGUUAUAUCCGUGCAAUGAAUCAAAAAGGACGUUAUAAUAUAUAAGAACAUUAUAGUAAAUAUGAGUGCAAUUUCGACUGGUAAUUACCUAAAGAGAGAUCUGAGAAGUAUGUUUGCUGUACGAAACAACUGUAUUAGUGAAGAAACUGCAUUCUGUAAACAAGAUAAUUUACAGCAGUCUUUGAAUACACUGAAUGAAGAAUUUGAAUCAUUCGGUAUCUCAUCGGUAACCACAAAUAAUGAUUUGCAAACCUUAGAAUCAUUGAAAGACCUAUCCGUACAAGUAAUAAAUGCUGCAUGGAAAAUGAUACAUAAACAUAGAUACUUAAUGCGAUUGCACGAUCAAUUGAUUGAUUUAAAUCAUAAAACUGUUAAUGAUAAUGUUAAUCUUAAGAAUCAUAUAAAGCGUCUGAAGGAAGAUAUACAAAAGAAAGAACAUAUGAUAUGCAAAGCAGAGGAAAGAGAAAGAAGACUAAAUGUUAAAUGUGAAGAUACAUCACGUAAUCUGAAGCAGGAAAGAGACGAGAUACGAAAACUAAAGAAACAAAUUCAGUUUAAAGAAACUCAACACGAGCAUGAAAUAAGAAGAAUCACGCAAAGUAGUCAGAAGCUCCAAGAGCAGUUACAAAAGUCUGCUGGUUCUUUUACUCCAAGAGAUAAAUUAUUACAAAAAAUGCAUGAGAAGGAGCUAAUUUCGUAUAAACAAACUAUUUGUCGUUUGGAAGAAAACAAUAGGCAAAUGUUGGAAGAAAUUAAUAAUCUGAAAGAAGCGCUGGAAUUACAUCAAACUGGAAUUGCUUUACAUAUUGAAGCAUCUGGAGCUUGGACUAAUGCAGAUAUUUGAGCAUCAAAUGUAAUUGAUAUUUAUAAUUUAUUUAUAACUUAGACAUACAUGAAAAAGUGUGUAUACUCCUAAUAAUUGUGUAUAUUCCUAAUAAUAACAA